AUGACGAGGUUGUUGUUAGCCCUUGUUUGCUGCAUUGCUGGUACUGGUAGCCUCAGCCAUGCCAAGCCGCACAGUACGAACUUUGUCCACGAGCGAAGGAAACAUGAAAGUCGCCAUCGGAUGUCCAUGAUCCAAGAGCUGUUGCCUCGAACGGCAUCGUACGACGAUGAAGACAAGGAAGAUAUGCCAUCCAGAAAAAGGAGCAAGCAUCAUGAAACACGUGCCAAAGAAAAACUGCAGAAGAGGAAAGCAUCUAAGAGUGACGGCAGCACCACCAGCACCAGCAAGGAUGCUGCCAAGCAGAAGCAGAGCAAGAGCAAAAGCAAGAGCAGUCAGAAGAGCUACAAUCCACCCACGUCUCUGUCACCAGUCUUUUACACUACGGUACCUCCACAAGGCUCCAUUCCAACCUUUCCUCCCUUUGAUAGGCCGAGACCUUCAGGCAAUGAAACCGAAUCAGAAGAAGAAAAGGAAGAGGAGGAAGAAAAACAUACCCCGUCUCCAGUUCCAGAGGAUGAGGAGAGCUCGAGUAGUGGCCCCAGUAGCUCGAGAAGCAAAGGCAAAAUGAAGAUGGGAGGAGGAGGUGACAUGAAAAUGACUGGCAUGGGUGGCAGCAGCAAAACUAGCUCUAGCACGUCUCAAAAGUCCAAAAAGAUGAAGACAAUGAGUGGCAGCAAAAUGAAUAAGAAGAUGAAUAAUAAGAUGAGUAGCAAGACUCGCAACGGUGGCUCUACCGGCCAUCCAACCUUUUUAAAGCCCACUGGUCCAGAACCGACCGUAAAACCCACGCUGCCCUUUGGAGAAAUGACGGCUCAGCCAACUGCCAAGAUGGCGCUUCAAACGGAGGAACCAACCGAAGGCAAUGCGACUGCAAUAUCCACAAUUCCUCCCACCAUCGUAACUACUGGUGAGGCUACUGCAGGAGGCCCCGUUGUAUUCACCUUGUCUCCAACCAUUACAACGACCGCCAUCGAUCCCAAUGAGAGUAAUGGAACCAUCAUGGAGGCUCCAGGCGGAAAGAACAAUGACACGGAGACAACCAUGGGCCCUACCAACAAUGGCACAUCCACCAUUGCUCCCAUUGACAACAACAACUCUACUACCAACAACACCAGCAUUACAUUGUCACCCACAACUAUUCUUCGUGCACCCAAGAAGGAAGACUUGGAAAGUCUGCAACACAACAGUAUGGAAGAACCAAAAGACAACGCUACCACCAGUUAUAUGAUGGAAGCACCAACCGUAUACUGGUCCAUGGAUACUACCACGGAUGAUGACAACAUGACUGUUGCAAUGAUGGCUCGAAGUGCACCCAUCAUGAAACGAGCCCAAAAUGUGCCAGACGAAACUGUCGAACCAGAUGUCGAUUACGAAAAUGAGCAAUGGAUCUUGGUGGGAACUCCAUUGCAGGGGCGGGCCACUGUUCGAGACCGUUUCGGAUACAAGGUCAGCCUUUCCAGUGAUGCGGGCAUGCUGGCGGUGUCCACCGGUAUGGGAUCACCCAUGUACGUCUACAAACUGGAUACCAGUAGUAGUGAGGAUGACCAAUGGAUGCCAGUGGACUUGAGUGGCAUCGAGUCGGAUGGUAUCCUGACACUCAGCGGGGAUGGAUCCACGUUGGCGGUCAAGACGAGAACACAAGUUCUCAUGUACAAGCGCAUUGAGCAAGGUGAUGGAACCGUUCAAUGGAUACGUUUGGGAAGUGCCCUGGAGAAAAUCGACACUGACAUGUCCACGACGACAAUGAUGGUCGUCAAAGACCUCUCUGCGAUUCCCUCCCGGUUUGGUGAAGCGGUCGCCCUGAGCCAUGAUGGAAGGACUGUAGCGAUUGGGGACCAAGCGGACAAGAACAUGACGGGAUGGGCACAAGUUUACACAUUUGAUGGCAACCAAUGGGGUCCUCUCGGUGCAGAGUCCUUUGUGGGAUUUGAAAAUGGGGACCACUUUGGCAGUAGUUUGGCGCUGAGUCGUGACGGGAGAACACUGGCCGUUUGUGGUACGCAGAAUUCCUACAUUGAUGGGCCGGGAUACUGUCAGAUUCAUCGAUACAGCGAUGCUCAUACCAGCUGGAUACAGUUAGGACUGGACAUUUCGGGUCAAGGCCAGUUGGAUUCUUUUGGUCGCAGCGUGGCACUUUCGUCCGACGGAAACACGUUGGCUGUGAGUGCAGAUGGUCGUGAUGUAGGCAACCUGAAGGAUGUUGGACGUGUCUAUACCUUUGCGUACGACCCCAACGACAAGUAUUGGCCCCGGUUGGGAAGGAUGAUUAACGGCGACGAGGAGAAUCAGCGUUUGGGGCAUUCCAUUGACCUUUCUAGUGAUGGCACUAUGCUCGUUGUUGGAGCCUGGGCUCAAGGUCAUCCACUGGAAGGGUACGCAGCAGUUUACCAACUUCAGACGACCACUACUGCGGAGGCAGAGAGUAGGGAGGAAUGGGUUCAGGUUGGUCAACUUCUUACAAACGGCAACAAUUUUGACAACUUUGGUGGGUCCGUGAGCAUGUCCUCGGAUGGCACGACAGUGGCCGUCGGAGCGUACAACUUUGGAGUAACAGCGCUUGAGUUUAUUGGGCAAGCGACAGUCUUCACGCUAUCGCAAUAA